AUGUGUCUUGCAGUGCUAGCUUCAAGUACGCCAGAUCCCAGCUCAUCUCCAGAAGUCCGCAAUCCGUUGGUGGACACGUACCGCGAAAAGAUAGUACAGUGCCUCAUUCUAGGCGAGUACACCAAAUCCGGGCGUUACGUAUUCGAAACUCUAUACCAAUACUUGACUAUUGAGUAUUCCAUCCGGAAGGAUGCGGACCGAGACAUCUGGAUUCUUUCGGGAAUUGCGGUCAAUAUAGCUCUACGCAUGGGUUACCACCGUGAUCCCUCACACUUGCCCGGGAUCUCUCCAUUUGCGGGAGAGAUGCGACGGCGGGCCUGGGCCACCAUCCUACAGGGAGAUAUCCUGAUAUCCACCCAAAUGGGCAUGCCUCGCAUGAUCAAGGAUUGGCAAUGUGACACCACAGAGCCCCGUAAUCUAAAUGACUCGGACUUCUAUGAGGAAUGCCUCGAGCUUCCUGCGUCUAGACCAGAGACGGAGAUCACCACAGUUUCGCAUCUGAUCGCUCGGCGGCGGAUCUUUGCCGCCUUGGGUGCAAUAGUCGAUUUCACUGCAUCGGUACAGCUGGUGGCAUACAAUGAGGUCAUGCGACUAGAUCGGAUUCUGCAUGACGCGGAGGCGGCGGUCCCUUCAUACCUCCGUAUGAAGACCAUGGCCGCGGCGGUAACGGAUUCCCCGCAAGUGAUUAUGCAUCGGCUCUUCCUCAGGCUGAUGUUUCACAAGAGCCAGAUCAUGCUACACUGUAAGUAUUUAAGCCCGAACCUAGCCCCAUCUUCCGAUGGUCAGACAUCGUACUCCUACUCGCAUAGCUCUUGCAUAGAGGCAGCUUUGGGUAUUCUGGAAAUCCAGCAAAUCCUUGAUGAGGAAACCAACCCAGAUGGCCAGCUUUACAUGAUGCGAUGGCGCGCUUCCUCCUUCAUGACGCAUGAGUUUCUGACAGCCACGAUGCUGCUGUGCUUUCUCACGCGACAGAGAAAUGGUGGCCUAGAAGUACUGACCAAAGGCCAAACCUUGGACCAAAUCAUGGCAGCACUCACAACGGCACAGGGUAUUUGGGCAAGGUCGAGAAAUUCAUCGGUGGAAGCAAAGACAGCAGCAGAUAUUCUGAGCAUUAUUUUGAAAAAAGAAUCGGGCGAUUCUAGUAUGGGCGCAGAAGGCCAGGCUACAAGUAAUUAUUUUUCCCUGAGUUCAGGUCAGUCGGCCAUCUUAAUUGCUCUGAUUACGACCUUGCUUACAAUAACCUAG